GACAGUCUCCAUCCCUCAGUGAAUUCAAGCAUGGUACCAUGAUAGGUUGCCACCUGUGCAAGAAGUCCAUCUGUGAAAUUUCCUUGCUACUAAAUAUUCUACAGUCAACAGUUAGUGGUAUUAUAACAAAAUGGAAGCAUCUGGGAACAACAGCAACUCAGCCACGAAGUGGUAGGCCACGUAAAAUGACAGAGCGGUGUCAGCGCAUGCUGAAGCGCACAGAAGUCACCAACUGUCUGCAGAGCCAAUAG